AGUUACUCAUUUACCAUGCUCGCUGCAAGAGCAAAACCAAGGCAAAUCCAUCCGGUUUAGGUAGGAAUACGUGCUAUUUCGGAGUCAAAUUAUCCUAUAGCCCGUUCCCUAUGCCUGUAUUAUACAAACAUGCAGGCCUGGACCCUAAACGUUGGCGCUGCCUGCACAAAGUUUGUCAAAAUGGUAGCCAAUAUACAAACUCUGACAAUGUCUGGUCGUGGUAAAGGCAAAGCUAAGGGCACUAAGUCCAAGACCCGCUCAUCCCGUGCAGGGCUUCAGUUCCCCGUCGGUCGUAUCCACCGUCAUCUGCGCAAGGGCAACUACGCCGAGCGUGUUGGUGCUGGCGCUCCGGUUUACAUGGCCGCCGUGCUCGAGUACCUGAGCGCUGAGAUCCUCGAGUUGGCCGGCAACGCUGCCCGCGACAACAAGAAGACCAGGAUCAUCCCCCGUCACUUGCAGUUGGCUGUCAGGAACGACGAGGAGUUGAACAGGCUGCUCCACGGUGUCACAAUCGCUCAGGGUGGUGUGCUGCCCAACAUCCAGGCCGUGCUUCUGCCCAAGAAGACCGAGAAGAAGGCCAAGGCAUAAGCAGUUUCUGCUGCAAAAAUAACAACGGCUCUUUUAGGAGCCACCACAUGACACAAGAGUCAUGACUGCAUCAUGCAAUCAACCCCUUUCUGUAUAAAACUUCUUUGCAAUCAUAUGAUAAUUGUUCUUCUUUAGCGCAUAGACCUUUUCCCGCCAUUUUCUCUCCAGGUAGAAUGCAAUGUUCUUAGAAUUAGAUAAAUAUCUUACCAAGAAAAAAGCGCGCAAAUCAAUCAAACUAAUGUCACGUAAAAAUCUAUCUAGAGUCUACUUUCUGUCCGUGUAUGAUGUCGUGUUAAUUAUUAGAUAUGUAAUGAGUAUCUUACCAAGUCUUAAAAAGAAGAGCGCGAAU